AUGAACAAACUAACUCGCGCGGGUAAAAAGAAGCUCAAAAAUCUUCUUAAGCUCGGACUUAGUAUGAAAAAAGCCCGGGAACAACUUGAGCGAUGUAAUUACAUGAAAUCCAAAUUCGUUCGAUCGCAUCCAAAGAAUCUGUGGCCUACAGAAGGAGAUAUAAAGUUGGCUAUUAUCCCCUUGGGAUUUCCACAAGUCCUGUUGACUACCCAGCAGCUUCAAGACAUAGAAACAGCUAUACUGCAAUCGAUUGUGGAGCAAAGGGAAGGAAACGUAAAGCCCCUUUUUGGUGGAUCCAAAUUUCGUCCGGGCUGGAUGACUAUAACCUGCCGGGACAGUAUCACCGCCGAGUGGCUCGAGGCGGAGGUUGGAACCCUACAAAUAAUGCCGGGUAACAUUGAUCUGCUAACUAUGCCUGACUCUGCGAUUCCGAAGACUGAGGUGUUUGUUGGCUAUUUUCCUAUCGGUCAGUGCGGCGACGAUCCCGACGUGAUCCUGGCUCUUCUUGGCGGUCAAAACAAGGGGCUACGUGUAUCCGACUGGCGAGUUUAUCAUCGAAAACCGAAGGGCGCUGCCGGAGUUCAGAUGGCCAUCGCCCUGGAUCCCCAAUCAGCCGCCCAGGUGAGGCACAUGGACUACAGGCUGUCCUUUUCUUUUGGCGAAAUCACAUUGAUGCCCAGUCGAAAAACUGCAAAAUCGAAUGCAUGGAGUCAAUUCUUCGGAAUCGAAGUUGAUGAUGGGCAUCAGGAGCUGCUUGAAUCUUCGAACUUGCAGGAUCAACUUGAAGAUGACUGUUUCUUUGAAAGAAUAUUAACGACAUGA